AUGAAACGAAAAGCAGAAAAGCAACAAUCAGCCGCACCGGUUAGCGCAUUCGCAGCACGCAAAGCUCGGCAGCAGCAGCAGCAGCAUUCGCAGCAGGAAGAUGUCGCGAUUACGGUGAAUAAGGCAUUGGAGCUUAGAUCACAAGGAGAACCCCCGUCUAAGAAGGCGCGACGUUGGUCCGAGAAAGAGAAAGAGAGUACGUCCCAGUCUGUUGUGGGAGAGGAUGAUCGUGAGAAACGACUGGCUUUGCGCAAAAAGAAGGAUUCGGGAAAGGCCAAGAAGUCUGUGGAUACAAUGUCAAAGUCUAGGGAGGAAACUCGUGCGGUCAAGGAGGUCCAGGCUCCGCCUGAGAUAGAAUCGGAGAUUGAGCAGACGAGUGUCAUGGAGGCGAAUCCUGAUGAUGCUGUUGCUUCGAUUAAUGGUGAUGCUGAUGGAUAUGAAUCCCCGACGACGCAAAUACCUGACGAGAUCCAGAACUUCCCUCUCUCCAAGACACGCUUGAACAAGAACAAUAUCGUCUACAACGAUGAAAAUAAACUCUGUGUCCGCAUAAAAGAGAAGAUGAACCUCACGCUGCUCGGACACUACGACCUCUGGGUAAAGCGAGGAGUGGUCAGCUUGAUGGGUGCAAAGCUACACCCUUCGCCUCGGGUAUAUCGGGUCUUCGCCCCUUCGACACACUCGUUGCCUGUGAUCAAAUGCGUUGCGGGUGUGGAGGGCGAGGCGGAAAUCGAAGUCAAGUCUUGCCAUAGCGGCAUCUAUCGUCUACGUGAUAUCUCGCCAUUGUAUCAACGGGUAUGGAAUGGAAAUAAUACGUCCGCCGAUAAGCUCACAUUGAAAAAUGCACCAGCGAAUCACAAGAGGACAUUCUCAGUGUUGUAUACGUCUGCAGAGGACUCUCUGAAACGGCACUUGAGGCCCCUUCACCUCGAGAAACAGUGGAGCUCUUCAAUCAAGCACCUUUCCCAGCGAGGCGGACAGCUUCGAGCGCUGGUCUGCGGUCCCAAAGCAUCGGGAAAAUCCACUUUUAGUCGCUACCUCCUGAACCACCUCCUCAGUCCAGCACCACAGACCGAAGGUGCCCGCAGCAGCGCGGACGGUGUGGCAUUCCUUGACCUGGACCCUGGGCAGCCAGAGUUCUCGCCCAUGGGCCAGGUUUACCUGGCGCAUUUACGCUCGCCGUUCUUUGGCCCCCCGUUUACUCACCCGUCGCUCGAUAAUCCUGCAGAUGCAUCUAUAGUUCGGGCACAUCACAUUGGUGCAACGUCACCAAAGGAAGACCCAGACCACUACGUACUUGCCGCUAUGGACCUGAUGGACCGGUAUCGAGGUUUAUUGGCUAGCUACCCGCAAUGCCCCUUGAUCAUCAACUAUCCUGGCUGGAUUUUUGGACUUGGGUUGGAGGUUGCAACGUGGCUUGUGAGGUCCCUUGGUCUAUCAGAUGUCGUAUACAUGAGUGAAAAGGGACCAGCUGAAGUGGUCGAGCCCCUCGGUCAAGCCGCAUACGAAGCACGGAUUCCCCUGGUUACGCUGCCAUCGCAACCUACAGAUUUCGUGAGCAGGUCAAGCGCGCAGCUGCGCACGAUGCAGGUCCAGUCGUACUUCCACAAGACUCGGCCGGAAGCAGUGCAGAACCCGUUGUGGCUUGACACGCCAACGUCGCGCGCGCGGCCCAUGCUCGUCGACUAUGCCGGCCCGCGGCAAGGAAUUCGAGGUAUCAUGGUUAUGGGCUCAGAAAUCCAGCCUAAUAUGUUGCACGACGCUCUCGACGGAAGCAUUGUUGGCGUUGUAGCGGUGGAAACCCCCAACCCAAUCAUGGGCGAGACCGACACUUCUCUAUGGAAUGAAACCCCACCAAAUGCAGCUGUAGAAAACGAAGACGAUCUAUCUGAUAUUGAAAUGGACGACUCAACACAUUCAGCGCUCAGACGACCCGCCACCCCCAACGCAAGAACUAGCAUGGAAACCUACGUCGCGCGCACUGCAAAUGAAGAUCUCCCAUACCUAUUCGUCGGCUCCGGCAGCUGCAGCCCGCUCGACCCUAAAGCAUCCCACUGUCUGGGCCUAGCACUAGUCAGAUCCAUCAACACCAACUCCCGAAAACUCGAACUCGUCACGCCUAUUCCCGGGGUCCAGAUCCGUCAUGCUAUACAACAGGGGCAUGGAAUCGUCCUUGUCCGCGGACAACUGGAUAACCCCAACUGGGCGGUCAGUGAGGAAUACUAUGCCGCGCGAGCCACAGCGCAACGCCACCAGCGUCGCGUGGCCCAGGUGCGGAAAGCCAAGCAUGACGAGGAGGAAAAAGAAAAGAGUGAUAGUGACGAUGAUGAUGAGGACGGCGCGACACUGGCCGUGACGGAUGUAAAACAGCAGGCGCAAAUAAGAGACAAACUGCAAGAGCGCAUCCGACGAGCGAGCCAGGCGCCAUGGAUGACAGUCAUCGAAGACGACGGGAAACGGCAGCGCGAGGUGGCGCAACGAGAACGCUCGCUAUGGAAACUGCGGAAGAAGGCGUAUCCCGGAAGUGGGAGUGAGAUGGACUAG